AUGAUAAAACUUAAUCGUGCAUCUGGUAUUCUUGUCCAUAUUACUAGUCUUCCUGGACCGCAUGGUAUUGGUGAUAUUGGUAAUGAAGCUCAUAAAUUUGUCGAUUUCCUGCAUGAAUGUUAUCAAAAAGUUUGGCAGAUUCUUCCUUUAACUGCCAGUGAAAAACCGUCACCAUAUUCUGGUACAUCAGCAUUUGCCGGUAAUCCAUUGUUAAUUAGUUUAGAAAAAUUAGUUGACGAUGGUCUACUUGUUCAGUCGGAUAUUGAAUCAAGUCGACCAACAUUUGGUGAUCGAAUUGAACAUAAUAAAGUAUUUAAAUGGAAAUAUAGUAUAUUAAAUCUGGCAUAUAAUAAUUAUAAACAAAAUCAUUUAGCAAAAUUUAAAAAUGAAAUCGAUAUAUUCACUAAAAAAGAACAUUAUUGGCUUGAUGAUUAUACACUUUAUAUGGCAAUUAAAGCUAAACAAAAUAAUCAAUCAUGGUCAAAAUGGCCACAAAAAUUAAAACAAUAUAAUAAAAAAGUUUUAGAACAAAAACGACAUGAACAUGCAGACGUUAUUGAUCAACAUCUGUUUCUUCAAUAUAUAUUUUUUCGUCAAUGGAAUCAACUAAAACAGUAUGCUAAUCAACAUGAAAUUAUAAUUCUUGGUGAUAUGCCUGUCUAUGUUGAUUAUGAUAGUGCAGAUGUUUGGGCAAAUCAAUCACUAUUUCAAUUUGAUCCAACGACUUCAUUACCGAUAGUAGUAUCAGGUGUUCCACCUGAUUCAAUAGAGGACGAUGGACAAUUAUGGAAUAAUCCAAUCUAUGACUGGACUGGUAAUCUACGUAAAACAAAUUUCGAUUGGUGGAUAAAACGUUUGAAAAAAUCUUUGGAAACAGUCGAUGUUCUUCGUAUUGAUCAUUUUCGUGGUUUAGAAGCUUAUUGGUAA